AUGGCGAACAAACCACAGAUCCGCACAACCAGCACAGCCCUCAUAGCCAUGAUUGCUGACGAGGACACUAUCACUGGAUUUUUGCUAGCUGGUGUUGGUAAUGUUGAUUUGAGGAGGAAAACGAAUUACCUCAUUGUGGACUCAAAAACAACGGUGAAGCAGAUUGAAGAUGCAUUCAAAGAAUUCACAACAAGAGAAGACAUUGCUGUGGUGCUAAUCAGCCAAUUUGUUGCAAACAUGAUAAGGUUUAUUGUCGACAGCUAUAACAAGCCAAUCCCUGCAAUCUUGGAGAUUCCAUCAAAGGACCAUCCUUAUGAUCCAGCGCACGAUUCUGUUCUUUCGAGGGUGAAGUAUCUCUUCUCUACCGAAUCAGUAGCUUCCGGAAGGCGUUGA